UCAGUUUUGACUGUAAAAGGCCCACGUGUGUGUUUGUGAAAACUUGCAAAGGCAAAUUUACUUGCUAUUUUUGUCAACCAUACAGAUUCAUCAGAUUGUAUGUCAGAGCAGCAAAUCUGAUUUGCUCUGAAAUCAAGAAAACCUUAUUUGACAGACCCCCAAAAAAAAAACAAAAAGCAAACCAGAUUGACUGACUGACACAUACAGUAAACAAAAAAUCUAUGAAUACUCGAAAUUUGGCUGCUCUUCUUUCUUCUCUUGUUGCUGAACUUCUCCUUCUCCUUGCAGUAAUUUUCCCUUCUACAGAUACUCUUUAUAUUACUAAUUCCUCUUUCAAUGAUUACUUUUCUCCUCUUCUUCUUCAUUUUCUUUCCGUUUCUGAAAAUAUCGCUACACUUUCUCUCAUCCCUUUUUCGCGAAAACGGAAACGUACCCUUUUCUCAGAAUUCGAUGACCCGGGUGGGGAUGGUUUGACCCGGUUCAGAUUCGGGGAACUGGGUCGACCCGACUCGUUCAUAAGACGUAACCCGGAUGUUUUCAAGAAGUUUUUUAAUCUUAAUUCUUCGAGUUUUGAUUGGCUUUGUGGGUUAUUGGAGCCUCUGCUUGAGUGUCGUGACCCGGUUGACUCGCCCCUUAAUCUCUCUCCUGAAACCCGGCUUGGAAUCGGGCUUUUUCGACUGGCUACCGGAGCGAAUUACACCGAUGUUUCGAGUAGAUUCAGUGUAUCUGUACCUGUUGCUAAGUUUUGCGUUAGGCAGUUGUGUAGGGUGCUUUGCACUAAUUACCGUUUUUGGGUCGGGUUACUGAAUUCGGGUGAGCUUGAAUCCGUUUCGACUCGUUUUGAAUCCAUUUCGGGUAUUCCUAAUUGCUGUGGAGUCAUCUGUUGUGUGAGAUUUAAGGUUAAUGAAGAGAGUAUAGCAGCUCAAUUAGUGGCUGAUUCAUCGUCAAGAAUUAUUAGUAUUAUAGCCGGUUUUCGCGGCAAUAAGACUGAUUUUCAGGUUUUAGAGUCAUCAACUCUGUUCCAAGAUAUCGAAAACGGCACAGUUUUGAGGAAUUCACAAGGUUUGGAGAUAAAUGGGGUGGCUGUGCCUAAGUUUUUAGUUGGUAAUGGGGACUACCCUUUGCUGAAUUGGUUAAUGUUACCAUUUGAUGAUCCUGUUUCGCAAUCGAAUGAAGAGAACUUCAACAAUGCGAUUAACUUAAUGCGCUUGCCAGCCGUUAAGGCCAUUGAGAGCUUGAGAAAUUGGGGGGUUUUGAGUGAGCCGAUUGAAGGAAAAAUCAGGACUGUUGUGGCUUCUAUUGGUGCUUGUUCAAUACUUCAUAAUAUGUUGUUAUCAAGGGAGGAUUAUUCAGCAUUUUGUGAGGAUUCGAAUGAUUAUUCAUUUCAUAAAUACCAGAGCUCUUUGACUGCUAGUGACAGUGUUGCAAGUGCUAUAAGAAGUGCAUUAGUCACAAAAGCGGCAGAGUUUCAGUCACAAAAGCAGUGACAUUUUCUAGUACUAGUACUUAUUUUUAAGGCAAAGAACAUAAAAUACAUUCAUCUAGAUUGUUAAUCUUUUGCUCCAAGUUUAACCUUUCUGGGCUGUUUUGCAUAUUGGCUAGUGUUCUUUAACAUAUACAGCUCAUUCAGAGUGUUGGGGCCAUUGGAUUAUACUGGCAGAUUGUCAAUGAACUCGAAAGAAAUUCGUUCUGUGACUUGCUCCAAGAAGAAGUGAUUAUACUGAUGGCAAUGGCUCCCUUUCCACUUUUAUAUCAACUUAACUUGCAUUUGACCGUAGCAUGUAUAUAGUGUGUGGGUAUAUGAAUGAGUAGUUGAAAAGAAAAGGAAUUUACAUAUAUAAGUAGUUGUACUUUUAAUGGUGUGAGACCUUGAAAACUGCGUGUACUUUAUCCAAAAGCAGAUAUCAUGUCAAAGAUGCUUUAGUACUUGAAAAGCAAAGGAAUAUAAGUAGUGGUACUUUUAAUGGGGUGAGACCU